AUGAAUGUAUCGUUUUGUUUGCAGAAAAAUAGAGAAAAUGGCUGGAAGACAAAAGUCGGAAACAAGAAGCCGAAAUUCCGAAAAACUCUGGAAGAAGCAUUGCUUCUGUACUUUCAAAAGGGUGCCAGAAAAUCUCAAUUUUCCUGUAUGUCGACUGGGCACUCCGGAAAAAUGCAACUGAGAAUGAGGAAGGAAAAAGUUCUGGAACAGUGGGUAAAUUUGAAGCGGAAGAGAAUAAUAUAA